AUGUGUUUCUUCUCUCGAUCUUCUGUUUCUUACUCCCUCUUAUCAUCACUGUGUGUCCUUUUCCUCCCACCAUUUUCCCGUACACCUGGUUUUUCUUCUUCCUUUUCUUCCUUUCUCCUUUUAUUUCCUUUCAUUUUCGUUCAUGUCGUCUGCAGUUUUUUCUUCUUUCUUUUUUUCCUUUCUCCUUUUAUUUCCUUUUAUUCUUCGAUCAUGUCAUCUGCAGUUUUUUCUUCUUCCUUUUCUUCCUUUCUCCUUUUAUUUCCUUUCAUUUUCGUUCAUGUCGUCUGCAGUUUUUUCUUCUUCCUUUUCUUCCUUUCUCCUUUUAUUUCCUUUUAUUCUUCGAUCAUGUCAUCUGCAGUUUUUUCUUCUUCCUUUUCUUCCUUUCUCUUUUUUUUUUUUCAUUUUUCGUUCAUGUCGUCUGCAGUUUUUUUCUUCUUCCUUUUUUUCCUUUCUCCUUUUAUUUCCUUUUAUUCUUCGAUCAUGUCGUCUGCAGUUUUUCUUCUUUCUUUCCUUCCUUUCUCUUUUUAUUUCAUUCAAUUCGUUGCUCUUAUAAUCUCCAGUUUUUCAUCUUCCUUUUCUUCCCUUCUCAUUUUAUUUCCUUUCAUUCUUUGCUCACGCCAUAUCCAGUUUUUUUUUUCUUUUUCCUUUCCUUACUAUUUUCUUUCAUUCUUUGAUCAUGUCAUCUACAGUUUUUCUUUCUUUUUUUCAUUUAUUUCUCCUUUUAUUUCCUUCCAUUCGUUGCUCAUACCAUCUGCCGUGUUUUCUUCCUUUCUCCUUUUUUUUCCAUUCUUCGCUCAAGUCGUCUGUAGUUUUUUCUUCUUUCUUUCUGCCUGUUCACAUUUUAUUUCCUUCCAUUAUUUCCUCAAUACCUUUACAGUUUUCCUUCUUUCUAUCAUUCCUUUCUCCUUUUAUUUCCUUAAAUUCUUUGUUCAUGUCAUCUGCAGCUUUUCUUUCCUUCUUUUUUCCUUUCCUUCCUUUUACCAUUUACUUACUUCUAUUAUUUCCUCACGACCCGUGCAAACUUUCUUCUUUUUUUCUUUCAUUUCUCGUUUUUUUUUUCCUUCCAUUCUUUGCUCAUGUCAUCUCCAGGUUUUCAUCUUCCUUUUCUUCCUUUUUCCUGUUUCCUUCUUCGUAAACUUUCUUUCUGCUUUUAAUUCUUUCCAUUCUUUGCUCACGUCAUUUGCAGUUGUUUCUUCUUUCUUUCCUUCUUUUCUCCUCUUAUUUAUUUCCAUUUAUUGCUCACUACCUCUGCAUUUUUUCUUCUUUCUUUCUUUCCUUUUCUCUUUUCAUUUCCUUCCAUUCUUUGCUCAUGUCAUCAUCAGUUUUGUCUUCUUCUUUUUUCCUUUUAUUUCCUUUCAUUCUUUGCUCACGUCAUCUGCAGGUUUUCUUCUUUGUAACCUUCCUUUCUGCUUUUAUUUCCUUCCAUUCUUUGCUCACGUUGUCUGCAAUUAUUUCUUCUUCCUUCCUUUCUACUUUUAUUUCUUUCCAUUUUAUUGCUUACGCCCUCUGCUUUUUUCUUCUUUCUUUCCUUCUUUUCUCUUUUAUGUCCUUCCUUUCUUCUCCAGUUAUUCUUUCUUACUUUUCUAUUUUUCCCUUCAUUUCUCGUUUUAUUUCUUUCCAUUCUUUUCUCAUGUCAUCAUCAGUUUUGUCUUCUUCCUUUUUCCUUUUAUUUCCUUUCAUUCUUUGCACACGUCAUCUGCAGGUUUUCUUCUUCGUAACCUUCCUUUCUGCUUUUAUUUCCUUCCAUUCUUUGCUCACGUUAUCUGCAAUUCUUUCUUCUUUCUUUUCUUCCUUUCUAUUUUUCUUUCCAUUCAUUGCUCACGCCCUCUGCAUUUUUCUUCUUUCUUUCCUUCUUUUCUCCUUUUAUUUCUUUCUAUUCAUUGCUCACGCCCUCUGCAUUUUUUAUUCUUUCUUCCUUUCUUUCUCUUCCUAAAACCCUUUCUUUGUUUCCGCUUCAUAGUUCUCUUUCCUUCUUCCGCCUUUCUUUUUCUUUCUUUUUCCUUCUUCCCUUCCUUCCUUCCCUUUCUUUAUCUUCCUAUCUCUGUAAUGAAUGUAAGUACCCACAGGCAAAAAGUUAAAAAUACUCAAUUUACUUUCAAAUCUCGCUGA